AUGGCCGAUCCUCUGCGGAGGACUCUGUUAGCCAAACUGAGGGGGAAGAAGGCGAAGAAGGCGGCGGUGGCUAACGGCGGCGGCGGCGGGGCCAACUUUAAGGCAAAAGUUUCGCCGCCGACGACGACGACGGCGGACUCGCCGCAGCAGAGUGGCCGAGCGGUCGCGGCGGUGGAGUUGGACUCGACGGCCAGAGGAGGUAAGCAGGGUCGGUGUUUGAACGGGGGUUUGGACGGCGGGGUGGUUCAGUUAGUCUCGGGGCUCCGCGAGAACGGAGAAAACUUUAACAGGAGAGACGACGGAGACAGUCGCUUCUGGGACGAACACCGGAGGAGAGAGCAGCUCGCCGGUGGAGACUCCAUAGGCUUCGGUAACGCCAGCUGGGACAGUACUGGGCUGGAGCACGGGGACCGGAGGACCGUUAGACUACCCGAGGCUGCCUGGAAGAGAAACGGUACGAGUGCGUGCAGGGAAGCGGGCUGGGACGGAGCUCUGGUGCUCGAUCAAGGGGCCAGUUCUGUCAGCCUGAGAGCCGCAGCCGAGCCGGCAGAGCCGGUCCAGUUCAGCUGCAUCAACGGUCAUCUGUUGGACGCGAACAGCUCCGUGAGUUCAGGGUCUGACCUUCUGCGUAUCCUCCACGCAAAAGCGGAUGACCUUGAUCUGAUCCGCCUCAUCGAAAGUUUGCUGGAAAGAGAUCUGAGGAUGCCGGCUUUGCAGAGUCCAACGUUUUUCCCCACUGAGCUGGAGAUGCUGGACUCCAGCGUGGGCCCACGGCUCCUGUGGGACACAGAGGGGUCAAACCGGCACUACUCAGUGGACAGUGAGGAUGAAGACUACUAUGACAAUGAAAUUCUGCCCCUCUAUGGAUCUGGGGCUCAAAACCUGGGGUUAAACGGCGGUGCUGGAGCGUCGCAGUCCGUGUCGGUCCGCUUUGUCCAGUCGUCUCAGGAAGAAUCGGUCAGGCUGAGGACUCGGCUGAACGAAGCCUACUACCUCCUCAUAAACACCGCGCGCAGCAUGGCUUUUGACGGACAGGCGCAGAGCGGCAGCUCCAGCCAGUCCCGGGACAGUGUGAGGAGCGUGUGUUCGCGGUCCUCCACCAGGCUGGCGGAGAGUGACACGUGCUCUUCCGGACAGCACAGCAGCCAGCAGGCUUGCGGCUCGGACUGGGCCCUGCUGGACUUGGGUGAAAGCUGUGCAGCCAGAUUUGGAGGCUGUCACAGCAGGAGUCUACAGUGCUUGGCCCCCGAAAGCUGCAGGCCACAACUGCAGAGGUCUGCGAGCGACUCGGGCGUCCGCUAUAGUACAGAACUGAGACAGGGUGAGCCGUGUAUGGUGAGCCCGAGCGGCUCUGUCCCAGAGCCCACACCAGUGGACAAUACACUUGUUGCGUAUGAGCCAGUAACCUCUGCAGUUUGCAUGGUAACUGAGGCCACAGUUUUGGAACUCAUGGGAAACGCAGGCUUGCCUGACCACACUGGCUCAGUGGAUCAGAGCCUGGGAGAACCGCAAAUGGAGACCCAGAGCGGUUCCAUGACUGACCCCAUGGCCGUGCAUGAUACGGUUCCUGUAUGCGAGCCAGUGGACGAGUGCUUGCACCCAGAGAACACAGAAGCUGAGACCUUGCUUCCAGACAUGAGCCCGAUCGAACGCUGCAGUGGCUCCAUCAGCAGCCUGGUCGGUUCAUCUGACUCUCCAGAUGUUUCAGCCCAAAGGUCUGGACCUUCCGUCUCACAGCACCUGAGCCAAAGUGCGUGUACUGGAACGCUGGGCAAACCGCCCGGAGUCACUGUCAACAAGAUGCAGGAGUGGAUGCACAAGGGCCGCGUCCUUUCGUCUGAGAUGCGGCAGAGAAUAGCUGGCUCCUCCCUGCGUGGGCCUCAGGGUCAGGACGGCCAGGCGUGGCCGAAAGCCUCCGUACAUCCGGCGAGCGCCACACACACAGCCAAACCCGGCAGCGUGGGCUCCGCUGGAGGGCCUCAGCAAGCGCUAAUGUUCAACAGCAGUACGUCAGGCCGCGAGUCCUGCCCUCGUCCAUCUCCUCUCAACUCCAUCACCGUCUCCAAGAAGCGCAACUGGCUUCACCAGAGCUCGGCCCGACCCUUACACCACCUGGACGAUGUCCCAGCGCCCCGCGUGCUCGAGGAUGACCAUACAAACACACACCCAAUCAUCGUCCUGUCUCAGGACGCCCCACCCCUGCGCCUCGUCGACCCCGCCGAGGAGAACGACGCAGACGACGAAGGAGAAAUCUGGUACAACCCCAUCCCCGAGGACGAGGAGGCCGAUCUUACUCACUGCGUCCCUGCCGCCCAGCCGCUGCUGCUGCAGCCCCCGUCGCCGGGCUGGCCCGGGGGAGCCCCCAGACGGCUCAGCGCAGGGGGCGAGGAGGGGCGAGUGGGGGAGGGAAGCGGUGGAGCUGUUGGAGAAGCAGGAAAAGUAAAUCUCACACAUUCCUGCGAACAGAACCAUCUGCAGAGACAGAUGUGCAGGCCAGAUGUGCUGGAGAGCCUCCUAGUGCAGACAGCAGCUACAGAAUCCCCUGAACAAAGCACAGUAGGAUUCUCUCCUCCCACCAGCCCGAAUCCAGCCAAAAAGAGCUGCUCCAUUAACUGGUCUUUUCCUGACCGGAUUAAAUCGCCACGCACAGUCAGAAAGCUCUCCAUGAAGCUCAGCAGGAAGCUCAGCGUUAAAGGGAACCACAUUAGUAGCGCCAGCAAUGGCCAGUCGGAAUCUAGAAUUCACCCGGCAAGAGACAACGGAACGGCUGAGCGGAGCACAACCCCACCGGGGGGCAUGGGUACAGCAUCGGCAAGUGGGAACGUGAUUUGCCGCUACCAUCUGGACAGCAGCGUGUCCACUCAACAGCACAGCUACAGCAAGAAGAAGGGCAGCGGAGAUGGGGUACCAAAAUCAGCCAGCAAAGGGGGUUACCUAAGCGAUGGCGACUCUCCAGAACUGGUGGCCAAGUCAAGCAAACACGGACUGUCCGAGGGUAAAACCACUAGAACUCGGGACAAAGACCCAGGCGUGCCUAAGACAGAAGUAGACUUGGGGUCAUUUUCACAUUACAGUUUCUCAGAGCAGCCCAAGUGUACCACGUACAUUUCGGGCCAUAUGACCCUCCACUUCCACAAGGUGAAGGGCCUGAAGCCGCCGCAGGCCGACCCUCGCCACUUCUACUGCAACAUCCAGGUGGACACGCUCAACAAGGCACGCACCGCCCUCAUGACCUGCCAUACGGAUUUCCUGGACAUGGACCACACCUUCAACAUCCAAGUGGAGAACGCCCAGCUCCUCAAGCUGGCGCUCGUCAGCUGGGAUUUGGCAACGCACCAGAACCGCAGCUGCUGCCACGGGACGGUGGUGCUGCCGGCCCUGUUUCGCACCCCUGGGCGCACCCACAAGUUAGCCGUGCGCCUGGUGCCCCGUGGGACGUUUUACGUGAAGAUCGGGCUAACGGAGGACCAGAGCUCUCUGGAAGGAUUUGAGAGCGACAAAGCGCAGGAGGCGAACAUUUUCGGGGUGGAUGCGACCCACGUGGUGGAGAAGGAGGCGGCGGGGCUUAAGAUCCCGCUCAUCAUAGACAAGUGCAUCUCUGAGAUCGAGAGGAGAGGAUGUCAGGUGGUGGGUCUGUACCGUCUGUGUGGAUCGGCGGCGGUGAAGAAGGAGCUGAGGGAGGCGUUCGAGAGAGACAGUCACGCUGUAGAGCUGUCAGAGAGCAACUACCCCGACAUCAAUGUCAUUACAGGUGUUCUCAAGGACUAUUUGAGGGAGCUGCCAUCUCCUCUCAUCUCUAAAUCGCUUUAUGAAGCUGUUCUAGAAGCAAUGGUCAAGCAUCCACUGCUCAUUGGAACCAGCGGCUGUGAGAACGAUCCAGCCGACUCUGAACACACGGUCAGCCUGCUGGAGACGCUACCGGAGGUUGAGAAGAUGACUCUGCAGAAGCUUCUGGACCACCUGAAGCGCGUGGCGUCCCAUCACGAGGUGAACAAGAUGACGUGUCAGAACCUGGCGGUGUGUUUCGGUCCAGUCCUGCUGAGCCAGAGGCAGGAGGCGUCGUGCCACAGUAACAGAGUGUUUGUGGACUCUGAGGAGCUGGCCAGUGCCCUACACUUCAAAAAGCACAUUGAGGUCCUGCACUAUCUUCUGCAGCUCUGGCCAGUUGUGGAUGCACAGGGUAAACCCCCAUCUCCUGCUCCAGACACGCCUGUCUCAGAGGUGACAGUCCCAGCAGUGACCGCUCCAGUGAGGCGGAGGAAGGAUCGUCCUCAGGUCCUGAACCUGACCGACGUCGACUUGGCAGGGGUUCUGCGGCCUCGGGCCGGCCGGUUGGACAGCCCCAGCAACCGCUAUGCCGGGGACUGGAGCGGCUGCAGAGAGACGUACCUCCAGCAGCCCUGCCAGGAGGAGGCCGACUACGACGACGUCCCGAGUGAAGAACCAUCCUCUACUGGACACGAGGAGAGCAGGGAGGAGGCUGGGGGCGGAGCCUGUGAACAGGACGCUGUUGAGGUGGAUGAAUCAAUGGAAAGAGCAGAGAGCACACAGGCGGACGUGGAGAAGGAGCAGGAGAGCGCUGAACAGCAGACGGAGAAGAGCGUUAGCUUUAGCGGACUUCAGGACAUUGAAGAACCCGUCUUAAAACCCUGGGGUGAUCAGAUCCUGUUGGAGAGAGACGAGCACAGACCCAAAGAGCACACGUACCAGGCCUACAUGAAGAUCCACGAGAUCAGCCCUGUGCUGAGUAACAGGGUGAACCUGCGCAACCUGCAGGAGAGCAUCGACACGCUGAUCGGAAACCUGGAGCGCGAACUGAACAAGACUAAGCUCAACGUGGGCUACUGAGACGGCCAGUCCUGGGGACAGUCUGACCUGCACGGUUUCAAGUGUUCCCUGCCCCGACACAACUGACCGAUCGAGCUAACUUUAGCAUGACGGCAAAGUCACUGUUCCCAACCUGCCUGCUUUCAGUUUAGCUACCGUGCAUUUUAAACUGGAAACUCAAUGUCAUGCCUAAGGCUUCAACUCGAAAUUCACUUCCUAAUUACCUCUAUGCCUCAGAGUAUUGGGAAAUUGUUGUUUAAUACUAUAUUUCAAUAUGUAUUUUAAUACGUAAUCAGUCUUAUCAGCAGCCAUGAGCCAAUAGGCAUGCUUCUUCCAAAAUCUAGACUGCUGAUUGGCUGUCAAAUUCAAUUUUGUACAUAUGUUAUUAUAUCAGCGCUUCUUAAUCUGGAAUCCAUUGUAAAUACACACUUUCACCACCUCAUCUGUGGCUUAGCCACGCCCACUUUUGGAGGGAAUUGAAAAAAGAAAAUACAGGAAAGUUUUUUUUAAUGAAUCUAUAUAAAAAUUAACGUAUCUGCAUUAAUUUCCAGUACACACUGCCUUUUUCUCAGAGGGCCGAGUGGCAUUUCUGCUAAUGUUUAAUGUUAGUACAACUUGGCAACAGUUGCUACGAGAGAACACAUUCGUGGGCGGAGCAUGGGUAGAGUUUUUUUUUUCUUUUUUUCAAACCCUUAAAACUUUCAUCAGGCAUGUAGGGGUGGGGAAUUCUUGACCCUGGUCUGGUCAGUGUCAGGACAACAGUGCAAGGUCAGCAGCUGGCGGUCACCACUCAAACGCUGUAGCAACUCUGGCAACUCGAUGGUGAUGCUGGUUUCUAUAGUUACUGCCGAAUCAUUCUGGGACACGAAACGUGGCACUUGUCUCUCACACAAACACACGAUGGACGUAUUUACUGACAUUCCUCAUCGGACUUUGAUCCGAUUCUUCUGCUCCGGUUCUCUGUCUCUGAUUUCGUUCGCUACGUCGUCAUUGUCGUCGUUUUCUUCUUAUUAGAAGAAGCCAUUGAACCCUGAGGGGUGAGCCAGGUGCCUUAAUUGUGUAAAGGUGGUCCUUAAGGCAGCGGAGAGAUUUCUUUUUUAUUUGUAUUAUUUCUGUAAAGGUAUGGAAUUAUUACAAUCUAAACCAAUGCACUUACAAAAAGCCUGCUUGUAGAGGCGGAACCGGGAGUUCAGGUAAACGGUACAGGCGUAAAGUCUCACAGUGGGAGGGGCAGUUAGAAGAGUAGAUUCACCCCCAACAACCUAAACCAUACGGCCCAGAAUGCUUAAGCUAAUCACUACCAUUUAAGCCAUGGUUCUAUGCUGUAUACACCGCAGAUUGUUAAGCUAUAUACACCAAUAUAGACGUAUUCAGAUGUAAACGCAUGCAUCUGAAAUCAUUUACCAGAGUCUUACAGGUAGAUCCCUAAUAUGUCCACACUGACUGUCAAAGUUUGGGGAUAUUUGACCUACUUUCUGAUUUUUCCUCCAGUACUUUGUAGUUAAGUAAGUAUAAAUAGCUGCUAAAUGCUGUUAUCGUAGGUAUAUUUUGCUUCAUGUCUAUCAAAGUGUUGAAACUGUUGACAGUUUUCUUAUUUUUUUUCUAUUCCAACCUGUUGUUAAAAGCACAUAUUGAACCAUUUUGACCCAAAGGCCAACCCUAAUAUUGCAACAAUGGGAUAAAGUGGUUGGGCUUAGGCUUUAGUCCUUAAGUGGGCCUUAUUUAAUCCGUUGUUCCCUGAGUUUUUGCAGCAGAUCUACAGAGUAAGCAUGUUAAAAGCCGACGUGUCCCCAAACCUUUGACAUUCCAAACCUAAACACCCUGAAUGCUUCAGCCAGACAUGUAGUGGCGCCUAAUCCCAUAAACUCUGUGCAUGUAUUCAUUCAUAUGCCUUUAUGUAGAGUCUGCUUCAAAGUACUAACACGCUGUCGUACGUGCUGAUGCGAGUGCUUCAUCCCGUAUAAACGUUUACAAAUCCUCCUGAACUGAAAACUCUUAUAUAUUAUAUCCCUAGAUACUACUAAGAUUAGCUGGUAGAAGUUAAAGGAUAAUAUUUAACAUAAAAUAAUAGUAAUUGAUGGCUGUUUUAUGGUCUCCUCCCACCUACACUAGGUGUCCGUUGUGAGUGCGCAUGUAUACGUGCAAAACCCCAAAUUAGAAAGGAAAAAAAAACAUCUGGAUGUGUGUUCAGUAAGGAUUCUAGUGAAAAGGUCCAGGAUGUUGGCUUGUGCUGGACAUACCUGCGGCCGGUACCUGAAACAGCGUCAUAUCUUAGCAGUCCAGGGAUGCGAACCCGUCAGUAUUUAUCAGAUGCAAGUAUGUAUAAAUGCAGUUGUUAUAUAUUUUUGGACAGUUUCUCUGUGUGUGUAUUUAAUGUUGCUCAGUGUGUAGUAUUCGGCCUGUAGAUCAGCAUCAGAUGAUUACGGAAGUAAAGGUGUUGAUUUUUUCCCCUAAGUUACCACAUUUGGCAUUUGCAGGACUAAUCAGAGCAGCUCAAGCUGAACGGUACGAAUAACAGAGUAUAUUUACGUGUUCGUGGAAACAAACGCGGUUUUUAUUUGCGGUUCUGUGUGUAUGUGUUCCUGUAGGCUACUUUCUGGAGAGAUCCGUGUCGAUGGCUGGGUUGAGUCCACAGCGUUGCAUGGUCAAAAGCUUUACGGUCAGAUUUAAGUACCUAAAUAUCUCCUGCAGUCGUCUGUAUUUAUGCGUGUAAAUAGAGAGUAUUUUAAUUAUGAGUCGUUGUUUUUCUGUUUGGCAGCUGCUCACACCGGUGUAAACUAGUCAAAUUGUUUUGUCUAUGAGAAUAUGAAUCGGUUUCCUCCAGCCCAGCAUUGAUUUAAAGCCUGGUCUUCACACCUGCCCUGAUACAGUCUGGACUCCACUGGUUUUUAAAGAGAGUACAUGGCUUGUUGCAUCAUGUAGAGGGUGUUAAUUAGUUCUUAUCAAACUGGGAUAAGGAAGCAAAAACCUUAUGGAUUUUCAGAAAAUGAGAGAAAAUGUGCUCUUACAUUCACAAAUAUUAAAAUCAAAGUGCUAUAUUAUCGUAAUAUAGGCAGUGAUGUAAUACUGUGGGUAAUGCUGGCUGUGCUUCCUCUCACAACAGGUCAAACAUGGCAUUUCCAAACUGCUGCUGUUAUAGAAGUCCUGGGCCUCGCAGUUAUUGAUCAGCUUCCAUAAUCAGGCAGUUUUAUACUUUUACAGUUUUUACUGUAGAUUUACUGUAAUUUCAUUUAAAACGUCUUAACUGAUAAAAAUCCAUAUUAUGAGGGAACCCUCUACAACCUGUAGUGCUCACAGGAUCAAGGCUACACGCUGACGAAUAAAGGCUCCUGACUGGUCCUUGGCUUGGACGUACAGUUCUAGGAGAAAUCCUUAACCGAUAGAAAACCUUGACAUGAGGAGUUUCUUCGUUUUUAAAUUCUGUCACUCGUCGCUGAUGGAACAAAACCUACAUGAGAAAGAACCUUCCAUCCAUUGAAAGGUACCAAGCUCUUCUGAAAUCCAAGCCCAAGGCCCGUGAGCCCAGUCAGGCCCGUGGCCCAGUCAGGCCCGUGGCCCAGUCCUAUUCGGUCUGCAAAAUAAUGAUUUUCUAUUAUAUUAGUAGUUUUGGCAGAUUUUGAUCAGCGGCCAGUUGGGGUCACAGCAAAAUGUUAGUUUUUGAUUUGGCCCUUUAGUGGUUGAGUUAGACGCCCUGGUCUAAGAUCUUUUUUACUGCUGUAUUAUUCCGAGUGGAGUUAGUCUCAGUCUAAUCAGGUUCAGUCUGAGAGUCUGGAUUAUCUGUGUGGGUGUGAAGAGCAGGUUUACCUCUUCCUAUGAUCUUGGGGCUGGUGCUGAAGCCAGUGUUGUUCUGGUGCUUAAAGUGUACAGUGACCCAAAGCGCUGCUCUCAGAUCAGCUCUCUGUGCCAGAUUUCAGGCCUCUGUUGUGAAGAGGGUGGAGUCUGAGCUGAUCCUGAGUCAGUGCUGAGGCCUCUCCCAUAUGUGCAAAUGGUACUGGACCUAAUGAAAAAUGUGAGCUGCUCCUUUUUAUUGUCAGAACAUUCCUUUCUUUUGUUCCUCCUCUCUCUCUCUCUCUCUCUCUCUCUCUCUCUCUCUCUCUCUCUCUCUCUCUCUCUCUCUCUCUCUCUCUCUCUCUCUCUCUCUCUCUCUCUCUCUCUCUCUCUCUCUGUGUCUCUGUCUCUGUCUCUCUGUGUCUCUGUCUCUGUCUCUCUGAGUCUCUGUGCCCUUCUGACUCCCCGUCACUCACCUGGGAAACACCUGGGAGUCGGAACACUGUCUGUUCCCUCUGUGUUGCUUGAACCGCUCGGUUCAGCUCUGUUACUCUGAUAUUGGACAGAACCCUAAUUUGAUGAAAAUAUGACUAAACCUGAUACACUUUGUACUGAUAUUGAGAAAUAUAUGGUCACAUUAAAGUAUAUAUCUCAUGUGUGU